AACAAACAGGGCGGUUGUACGUGUCGUGACAUUCGCAAUGUGUCUGUGAGCCAAUCGGUCAGAGAUGGUGCGGCAGAGAAGAGGCCACGGGCAGCAGGAGAGGGGCUCCUCAGAGCGGCGCCAGCUGCAUCGAAUCGACGAGGAUAAUGAGCCGCGAAAAUCAAGAAUGUCGUGGCUCUGGACGAUAGUGAUGCUGCUCUUGCUGUCGGUCGCCGCGCACCUCACCUACACUGGCUACCUCGAGACCAGGGUCACCACCAGAUUCGACAACAACAAGAUGGUGACUAAAUCAGGACUUGAAGUGCCGCAGCGUUACUGGGGCAGCUACAGGACCGGAGUUUACUUUGGAAUGGCCACCAGGGAGCCGCACUCGCCGGUGCUGGGCCUCAUGUGGUACCAGCCGCAGAAGUUGAUACAGGGAGCUCAGUCAAUUAGGCAUAAUUGUGAUCAAGGAGACAAUUUGAAACGCUAUGGAUGGCUGCAACACGACGGCGUCAACUUUGGAAUUCAGGAGCUUAUGGACGGACCGUUGACUUUGAAAACUUCCUUUGUCAAAAGAGGGCACGAAACCGGCGCGGGCGAGUGGACCGCGAGAGUUGAAGCAGUGUCGAAUGCAGAGAAAGAGCAAGAACUUUCACUAAUCUUCUACGUGGCGACCGAGGAGAAGGCCGAGGGCUGGAUCCAAGAAGACGGCGUGAUGCGGUUCGAGGGCCACACGCCGCAGCUCGGCGACUUCUUCGUCACGCUGCUUAAUUAUUCCAACGUGUUACACUCGUCGCAGCUGGUGACCAAGUCUGAGGGGCUGCACAAGCUGAGGGACACGGUGAUGGCCUCGCUCAAAUGGGACGUGCUCAACAACAACAAAUUCAUCUCGCUGGGUGGCGUGCUGCUUCCCAAGGGCGACAACAAGCCCAACUUCAUCGCCACACAGUUGCUGGUCCGCACGCCGUUUACCAUGGAGGUCGUUUACCAGAGGGACGAGGCUGGAAGUGGAAUUCAGAGCUUCUUGGCAUCCCAAGAGUUUGAUACAGAGCUCGGCAGACACAGUGAUAACUUCCAGAGAAAAUUUGAGGACAAAUUCCAGCUGCGAGCUAAGGGAUAUAAACAGGAGGAUGUUGUCGAUGCCAGGGCCACCUUCAGUAAUUUGCUUGGAGGCAUUGGUUACUUUUACGGCUCCUCGCUUGUAAUGUCCAAGUACACAAAUGAGCCGCGAUCAUAUUGGAAGGCGCCGCUCUAUUCAGCAGUUCCUUCAAGAAGUUUCUUCCCCAGAGGAUUCCUGUGGGACGAGGGGUUCCACGAGCUGCUGGUGUCCACCUGGGACGUGGACAUCUCCCUGGACGUGAUUGCACACUGGCUUGACCUCAUGAACAUUGAGGGCUGGAUUCCAAGGGAGCAGAUUUUGGGCGAAGAGGCCAGGUCAAGGGUGCCUGAGGAAUUCGUCGUGCAGAGAAACGAAAAUGCCAAUCCUCCUACCCUCCUGCUCACCCUCAAGUACAUGCUGACCACGAUGCACGGCAGCUUGAACAAGGAGCAAGUCAACACAAUUUCCAGGUUUUGGCCGCGGCUGCAGAAAUGGUUCUCUUGGUACAACGUGUCCCAAAUCGGACCAGUGCCAGGCUCGUACCGGUGGCGCGGCCGCCCCGUCAACGCCAUCCAUGAGCUAAAUCCCAAGACUUUAACCUCAGGCUUGGACGAUUACCCUAGGGCCAGCCACCCUACUGAAGAAGAACGCCACGUGGAUCUCACAUGCUGGAUGGCCGUUGCUUCACAGACGAUGGCUCUCAUCGCGGACAAAAUCGGACAAAACAGCGAAAGGUAUUCUGACACGUUCACCACUCUAUCCGACCCACUGCAAUUGAAUAAACUGUUCUGGAGUGAGUCAAUGAGGCGGUACGCAGACUUUGGUUUGCAUACUGAUGCUGUUAAGCUUGGACGCAAGUCGAAGAACGACUCCACACUCAUAAGAAUUGUUCAAGAGAGACCUAGACUGCAGUUGGUGGAAAAAACCUUCGGAUACGUGUCGCUGUUUCCCCUUCUGUUGUGCUUGAUCCCGGCGAACAGCCCUAAGUUGGGCGACGUGCUGAACGACCUGAGGAAGCCUGACCUCCUUUGGACGCCCUACGGAUUGCGUUCCCUGUCGACAACUUCUCCGGCCUACCUCAAGAAAAAUACACAGCACGACCCUCCUUACUGGAGGGGUCCGAUUUGGAUCAACAUCAACUACUUGACAGUGAAAGCCCUCUUCCAUUACUCUCGCUCCGAAGGCCCCUACAAGGAGCUGGCCAGGGAAAUCUAUCUGCAGCUCAGGGAAAACCUGGUGACAAACGUGCUCAAGAGGUAUCGUGAGACCGGCUUUGUCUACGAACAAUACAAUGACAAGACGGGUGAGGGGCAAGGUUGCAAGCCGUUCACCGGGUGGUCGGCGCUCGUGGUUCUAAUCAUGGCUGAAAUCUACUGACUUUCCACGUAGACUUCUUGUGAUUCUGUUUUUGUUUUCGUCUUGUUUGUGAUUUUUACGACUCUUAUUUCUAAAUAAAAAAUAUAUGGAAAUGUCUUCAGA